ACUGUUAGCUAGCGGCUCACACUCAUUUAAACUCAAAGCGUUAUUCACACAAUCGCUGGAUCAUGGCCUGCUCGCUCGUGAACAUGACGCCGAUUUUAAUAAGUUUUAUGUAUUUGGCGUUGUUAUUUAGUGGGAUUGGUUGUGAAAACGACACAGACGAGGACGAGCACGCCAAACACACGUACACGGUGGAGAUGUUUAAUAAUGCCGUGUCAACCGCUGCACACUUCGUCAUGUUCUUCGCGCCCUGGUGUGGUCACUGUCAGAGACUUCAAGGGACGUGGAAUGAGCUGGCAGAUAAAUACAACAAUAUGGAAUCUCCACCAGCAUAUGUUGUGAAAGUCGACUGCACUAAAGACACCAAAUUUUGCUCCAGUGAACACGGGAUCCGUGGAUAUCCCACUCUGAAGCUGUUUAAACCCGAGCAGGAGGCUGUGAAGUAUCAGGGUCCCAGAGAUCUGCAGUCCCUUGAGAACUGGAUGCUGGAAACCCUGCAGGAGGAACCUGAAGAGCCUCAGAGUGAACCUGAGCCCCCGAAAAUCCCUGAACCCAAACAGGGCCUGUAUGAACUCACAGCCACAAACUUCAAAUCACACAUAUCUAAAGGUUCUCACUUUGUGAAGUUCUAUGCACCUUGGUGCGGUCACUGCAAAGCAAUGGCUUCUAUAUGGGAACAUCUGGCCACCAGCUUUGAGCAUUCAGACACUGUCAAAAUCAGCAAGGUGGAUUGUACGCAGCACUAUGAGGUGUGUUCAGAUAACCAGGUCCGUGGUUACCCCACACUUCUGUUCUUCACUGAUGGAGAAAAGAUAGAUCAGUACAGAGGGAAGCGUGAUCUGGACUCAUUUAAAGAGUUUGUGGAUAAUCAAGUCAAAGCUGCCGAAUCUAAAGAUGAACCGGCAGUAGAAGAGGAGCACGCUCAUGAAAUCCCUCCCAGCCCUGAGCCGGAGAAACAAGAGUCUAAUGUUGUGAUUCUGACUGAAAGCAACUUUGAUGAGACUGUUGCCAAAGGUCUUACCUUCAUCAAGUUUUAUGCCCCAUGGUGCGGUCACUGUAAGAAUCUGGUCCCUACUUGGGAGGAUCUGUCGAAGAAAGAGUUUCCUGGUCUGACUGAUGUGAAGGUUGCUAAAGUGGACUGCACUGUAGAGCGAACGCUAUGCAACAGAUUCUCAGUGCGUGGAUACCCAACGCUCAUGAUGUUCAGAGCAGGCCAGCAGGGGGAGGAGCAUAACGGUGGGCGGGACUUAGAGAGCCUGCACAGUUUUGUCAUGAAGCAGGCCAGAGAUGAGCUCUAACUCUGCCCUCAUUUCAAUCUUCAUCUUCCCCAGAAAACACACCUUUUUACAUAAAACCUAUUGUUAUAUGUAUUGCUUUUCUUCAGCUGUGUCCCAUUUCUAAUGGGAGGACAUUCUCUUCCGCUUAUCGCUUCAAGGGAUACUUCACCCAAAGAUGAAAAUUCUGUCAUCAUUUACUCACCUUCGAGUUCUUCCAAAUCUGUAUACAUUUCUUUGCUCUGAUGAACACAGAAAGAUAUUUGAAGAAUAUUUAUAACCAAACAGAUCUUGCACCCCAUUGACUCCCAUAGUAGGAAAAAAUAUUUAAUUUCGAAGAAUGUAGGAGAGCAAACAGUGCCGGGGCACUUUUAACUUUGGUUGUAUUUUAUCCUACUAUGGUAGUUAAUGCAGUUUGAGAUCUGUUUGGUUAUAAGCAUUCUUCCAAAUAUUGUUUUAUCUUAAAGAGAUUAAUACAGAUUUGGAACAACUCGAUGGUGCGUAUAUGAUGACAGAAUUUUUUUAGGGUGAAGUGUCCCUUUAAGGAAAUGUGGACAUAGACAAUUUUGUUUUCAUACUGGACCAGACCUUAAAAUGAUUGGUGAUUUGCCAACCACGCUGCUGAUAGUUUUGUCCUUUCUCCUCUUAAAGAAAGAUCCAACAUCCAUUUAGGAGACAUUUUUUUGCAAAUGUCAGUUAUAUAAGGGCAUUCAGGUUUUGUUUUUAAUAUCAAGGAAAUAAGACCUCAGGGACACCACGUACAAUGCAGAGAGAAGAGUGACAUAUCAUGCAAACAGCACUUUUGAUUUUGUAGAUGGAUUUUUCCCCCUUCAUGUUAAAAGUGAUUUGUUUGUCUUAUCUGGUUUAGCUGGUCUCAUGAUCUAGUGUUUAUGUGGUUGGCAGAGCUAGUCUACGUUUAACCAUCUGACAAGUGCCCCAAAUCCUCUAAAACCUUCAAACCAAGCCAAUAUAACCAGCUCGGUGGCCACCUAAAACCAGCAAACCACUUUGGUCUGGUUUAAGAUGUUUUUUCCCCGAGCAGGAAUGCCAAUGCUUCCCUAUGAUUGGAUUUGUCCUCAAAAAGUCCUUAGUGCUGUUAAAAGGUAUACAGUAUACAGUCCAUAGGGUUUCAAACAUAUGCCCAAUAUUGUCAUUAUAUAAUCCACAUGUUUUUAUUUCAUUCUCAUGCACAAUGUCAUAUUUACGGUUUCUUUACAGUUAUGGUCGAGAAAAGAGAAAACCAGUUAUGGUACGGUGAAAUUUGUCUUUUAGAAAAAUGUUAAUGGCAAAUGUGGGGUUUUGUUUAGUCCCUGUUGUGUUUAUGCUGUACAUCACGCUGUUUCUUUUGAUCAGAUUUGCCUUUUUAGGUUUGCAUUCUCAUUCUUUGUCUCACUAAUGCAGUGUUGACUGCUUUCAUAUGCAGUCAAUGACAUUUUAAUACUUUACUGAUUACAACACUACAAUUGUGUGAUGGUGAAAUUCUGGUUAGCACUGCUUUAGGAAUACUGUUUCUUGUGUAUGUGCACGGAUUACCUCGAGGGGUUUCAUUGAUUUAAACAAAUGUCAUGUUGUUUUUCAAAUAUUCCUCACACGGAAAUGAUUGUUUUACUUGUGCUGGAUCUUAAAGAGAAGCAAUCAGAGAAACCACGUAUACAGUUAAAUCUUUAUGGGAGGCACAUGGUCAAAGGAGACCUCAGUGAGAAAUCGAAGUAUUUUUGUUGCGUAUGAAGAGGGGGAACACACAUUGCUGGGGGGUUUUGUACAAAAAGGCACAUUGUAACAAAUUGAAUAAUAAAAUGUCAUUUUUCAAAAAUA